AUGAUCACGGGGAGUAAAGCAAGGACGUUGAGUUUAAGCUUUAGAUUAGGCGAAUCAACAAUCCGAUCAAUCAUACAAGAAGUAUGUAACGCAAUCAUAAACAAAUUAAUGGGAAUUUUCAUUCCAACGCCAAAUGAAGAACGGUGGAAAACUAUAGCUCAAGGAUUUCAAGACAGAUGGAAUUUUCCAAAUUGCAUCGGCGCUAUAGAUGGAAAGCAUGUCAACAUCAUAGCACCUGCUAAUAGUGGUUCGCUGUAUUUUAAUUAUAAAAAGCACUUUUCUGUUGUCCUAAUGGCUGUGGUUGAUGAUAAAUAUAGAUUUAUAAUAGUUGAUAAAGGUGCUUUCGGUAGAAAUAGUGACGGUGGAAUAUUUGCAUCUUCGAAAUUUGCGAGACGUCUUGAAAGUAACUCAUUACAUAUUCCAAACGAUAAACCACUACCUGAAAGUAACAGAGCUAUACCACAUGUUUUCAUAGGAGAUGAGGAGUUUCCUCUAAUGAAAAAUUUAAUGAGGCCAUACCCUCGUAGUCGUGGCUUAUCUGAGGCACAAACUAUAUUCAAUGAACGUCUAUCACGAGCACGCAAAGUUGUGGAAGAUGCAUUUGGAAUAUUGUACCAGAAAUUUGGCAUUUAUAACAAAAGUAUUAACCCAAUACACGUUGACACAUUGAUACUAGCGACAUAUAUUUUUACAUAA